CAGCCGCACAAACUGCAUGCUCUCCCUCGGGGCAGAUCACCGGCGUUGUGUUCAUUUGAAACGGCGGUCGUUACGGAAGCCGGGCGCUCUCAGAGUAAAAGUUUAUCUGCGUGUUUGGAUCCGGAUUGCGGAGGAGCCUCACCACCGGACACAAAAUGACUCGAGUGUCCUGUCAUGGCCGCUGGUGAGCUGCGGGGACAGAGUCACCACAUCACACCCGAUGGCUUCCAACGCCUCUGCACGCGCCUCUCUACUGACCACAUCAUGAAGCAGGUGGAAGUAUGUCAUCAGGAAGAUUUAGAUAAGGACAGGUUUCAGGUGCAUCACAGAGUUCAGAAUCCAGGCAAAGCGAAGCGGCCAUCGUCCUACAAGAGGAGGAGCUGCGCACCGGUGGAGGCGGGCGUGAAGCUGCAGCGCCGCUCGUCCGAUGCCGGCCGGUAUCGUGAGCCCGGCAUGGCCAACAGAGAAAAAGAGAAUGAGCUGACCUGCCCCGAUGGUGGCCAAGGCCUUCGUUGCUAUGACAACGGCGAGCCGUGGGUGAACGCUCCUACCUCCAGAAUGGCGGGCGCCAGCUCCAAGUGCAGUGACUUCACUGAGCUCUCCAAGGACCACGAAGCCAUGACACGCAUCCUGUUUGGGCGGGAUCUGCGGCUCAAAGUCGCGCUGACGCUGUGGCGAAGGAGCGCCUGUGAACUCGUGGCCUACCUGACCAGAUUACAAGACACCCGCCUGCUGAUCGACUGUCUGCCCAUCUUGACCAAUAACCUUCAGACUGAGACCUCGUGUUUGACCCUCGGCUGCUGCGUGGACCUCCUGCCUCAGGUGAAAGGCCUCCUGCUCAGCAGAUAUGAAGAGCACAUCGUGGUGGGCUUACGCUGGCUGCAGGCCGUCAUCAGGAAGUGGUGGGCGGAGCUUUCUGAGAAAGAGAGGAGGCUGCAGGACCCCUGCUCUGAGCACAGGAAUGUUGAGGUCAUGCGGAUGCGCCUGAAGGAUCUGCAGAAGGAGGGAACUCGGUUAUGUUCCCUCCCAGGAUCAUCAGGAGAUCUGGCAAAGGCCGUCGCGGCUCAUCUCUCCCAGCUGCCCUGACUGCAGCUCUCUGAGGACCGGACCACUGCUGCCUGGCACAGUCAUGUCACCACACUGGGACUGGUUCAUCCUCGCACACUCAGAACGUCUUAACUGGACUGAACUUGACAGUUCUGGACUCCCCCAGUUAGAGCUGAAGACUCCUAUGGAGGACUGUGAGGCUCCUCCUGCACAGCAAAUGACUGCUUCACAUUGAAGUGGACCGUUGUCUCGUGAAGGGUCUUCCUGGGUAGACUCCAUGAGACGGAGCGAAGUCUCGCUCCAAGAAGUGCCAAGGUCUUUGUCCUGGACCACACUGCUUCCAUUCAGAUCCUCCACAAUCAAGAUGGAUCUGCAAGUCUUUAAGUUAUUGUAUUUUUUAGCGUGUGCUCUCUGUAUUCUGUCUCUUCAUUUGACUAUAAUUUGUAAAAAGUCAAAAUAAGUGAUUCUUUGGGGCUUUUUAAAUAAAUUUCAUAAAAACUA